UUAAAUUUAAAAUGGCUUCUUCAACCUCUGUUGGAGGGGGAAUAUUUUCAAUUAAUUCAAUCUUCCCCCUUUCCGUUGCUCAAAUUGUUUCUUUAUUUCUAUUAUUAAUUGGGAUUAUAAUUGGAUUUGCAGCUAUUCUUACACCUAGUUGGCAAGUUGUUUAUGCACGUGAAAUUGAUCAAUGGGUAUUUAGCGGUUUAUGGCUAAAUUGCCAAACGAGACCAAAUGGAAUGCAUGCCUGUGUUUACAGUUUAUCAACAACAGAUUAUUCUUCUUCCUCAUUAUCCUCGCCAACAGAAGCUUUUAAUAAUUUACGUUCCCCUCCCUUUCACGGAUGGCAAAAAACUUUAUUAUUUAUUUUAUUAAUUGCUCAAUUAUUGGCUAUUUUAAGUUUAUUCUCUUUGUCUUUAUCUUUUCAUUUACCCACCAGAAAAUUAUCUGCUUUUAUUUUUAUUGGAUUUUUGGCUGUUUCUGUAUUUCUACAUUCUGGUGUAGCUAUUGCUUUUGCUGUUCUUUCACAAAUGGUAGAAUAUCGUUUCUUUCAUGUCAGUGUUAGUGGAAUUUAUGAGAAACAUCGUGGAUAUUCUUUUUUAUUAGAAUUAAUUUCCAUAGCUAUUUUAAUUACUACUUUUUUACCAGCAACAAUACAUUUAGCUCAAGUAAUUAGUCAAAAUAGUCAAAAACAAAGGAAUCGUUAUGAAAGUCCAUCUACUAUACCUACAACUAUGACUAUGGGUCAAUUAGGAGGAAUGGAUACCUAUAACAGUCAAGACGAUCCAUCUCCAUUUGGAGAUCACCGUCACCAAUUUCAACAACAAUUCUGGACAGAUGAAGAUGAAGAAGAGCGUUUUGCAAUGAGGCAAUUACCUCCAUUACCUAGAAGACAACCCCAAAAUGUUAAUUUUUAUGGAAGAAAUUUUUAA